GCGCAUCGUUCGACGAGGGUGUUUUUGUAACAGAAUAUAACCGCAGGAGACCACUCUAGUGCAUGGGUUUUCGCAUCAAAUAAUUAAAUAUGCUAUUCUCUUUUCUUUUCAGACGAAAAUUCAUCGUCUAAGACUCAACAGUGCCUUAGAACACUCGCAAAUCAAGCUAAACUGUGCAUUACAAAGGGACAACCAGAUUUCCCUACCGACGUUUUGUAAAUUUUUAUUGAUGGAAAUAUUCGUUUGCCUGAAUCUGAUAAUACUAAACAAGGUCCCGUUCAAGAAGAGUAUAUAGUAUUGAGAGCAGAUUUUGAUCUUGUGUGGUGUGCGGACAUCACGGUGAAUGGAGCCAUAGCAUCACGCCCAAGAGAAGACAAGCAGUGUGCAACCGCAGCACUUGGAGACCUCAUGGAGAUCCACACCUGCCAGCCAACGUAUCUGAUCGGAAGCCGGUUCACCAAUAAACUGAUCCCGGGGCUGUUCCCCCACAUACAGUACCACCUCUGCAGAUAUAGCACCAAUAUGCUCUUGCGUAUCGAAAACCAACUCCUGCAGAGCCACCGUCAAAGAGAAUCUACGGGAAUAAAGAAACUGUAUAACUCAUUCUUCGUCCUUUUCUAACCUACUCGCCGAGGAAACCGCUUCAUCAUUCAUCUCGUUCAUUCAUUUCAUUCAGUGAUUUUUGGGGCAAUGCCCCUGUAAUGGAGUUCGGACAAGACUAUACUAUGCAUGACCCGCGUAAGGAGGACUAUUCCUGGGAAUCAACAGUGAGAUUGACUUUGGUGGGGAGAGAGGAAGAGCUAGGGAUGUAUUUGGAAGAGAGGGAGGGACGGAAGAGGAAGUGGCACGACGGAAAGUUGAUGCGUCGGGAAGACGUGGACGAGAAAGAGCAGAGAAAAGUGCCGCCUAAGAAAAUUAUGGCGGCACUGGGCGACUUAGGUGGCAGCGGAACGAGCUCCUCCUCCUCCCACAUGUCGCCUGGAUGGCAGGUCAACGACCUCGACUUGGACCUUCCUGGGGAGCUGAGUAUGAAUGAUGCGCUGCUGUCACUGCCGUCGCUGGCGGUAUUCAAACAGGAGGCGCCGUCUCCUACUGGCGCUGUGUUGUCCCCGCCGCGACGCGCGUGGCCACGACGUAUCGAUGACAGACAGGUGACGAGCAUGGUGGUGGACGGACGCGAGUCUAUGGACGAGAACGGUUGCCACCAGUCACCACCACACAGCACCAAUAUGAUGCAGCCUCAUUCUAGUCCCGAGAGUAUGCAAUGUCAGCCGAUGACGGGCGGCACUCUUAUGCCAGUCACUGGCUACCACUCUCCUACUCCUCAAGAAACUAAGAAUGCUGGUCUGUUGAUGUGUUCUCCGAGUAGUUCAUUGGAUGGGUUCCUGCAUUCACCUGCACCAAGAACCGAACCCAGCUUCAAGGAUGACACCAGGUUCCAGUAUGUGUUGGCCGCCGCCACGUCUAUAGCGACUAAACAAAAUGAGGAGACCCUCACGUAUCUGAACCAGGGGCAGCCGUAUGAGAUCAAACUCAAGAAACUAGGGGACCUCUCACAUUACAAGGGGAAGCUGUUGAAGAGUGUAAUAAAGAUAUGCUUCCACGAGCGUCGACUGCAGUAUAUGGAAAGGGAGCAGAUUGCGCAGUGGCACGCUGAAAGACCCACCGAAAGGAUUAUAGAGGUGACUGAUUCAUUAGUAUCGUGAGAACUUCACUGCAAAAAGUCGAAUAUAAAUGUUUUAAUUUUUUUUAUUUAUUUCAUGAGUUUGUUAAUGUACAACAUGAUGAAUUAAUACAUUUUUGAUACUUAUGACACGUAGAUAGUUUCUGAUAUAGGUAAUGAAACGUAAAAAUAUGUCUACAAAAAUUCAAUGCUAUGGUUACCCUAUUGUCACUGA